GCGCACGCUCCCCUUCCGCUCCUCGGCUCCGCCACUCAGAGCCGGGGACGCGGCGCUCCCAGGAGGCCUUGCGCGGCCCAGGGCGCUUUACAAUAGAAGCUCGGUCGGCGAAGCCUGCGGAGGAGCGCUAGGGGAACCGCCGCUUCCGGCAUGUACAGCUCCGGCCGGAGAAACGCCGACACAUGGAGGGCGGGGGAGAGACUCCAAUGCCCAGAGGGCCCUGCGCGGGCGGCGCUUGCGCGAUGCGCGGACGGGGGGGCGGUCGGGCCAUUUAAAUGUGUGUUUGUGGGUGAAAUGGCUGCGCAGGUCGGAGCGGUGCGCGUAGUACGGGCGGUGGCGGCGCAGGAGGAACCGGACAAAGAGGGAAAGGAGAAACCCCACGCUGGGGUCUCGCCGCGGGGCGUGAAGCGGCAGCGGCGGACCAGCAGCGGGGGUUCUCAGGAGAAGCGGGGGCGGCCGAGCCAGGACCCCGCUCUCGCUCCCCCUCACCGGCGGCGUCGCAGCCGCCAACAUCCCGGGCCGCUGCCGCCGGCCAGUGCAGCAGCCCCGGCCGUCCCGGGCCCUGUGGAGCCUCUGCUCCUGCCGCCUCCGCCGCCGCCUUCGCUGGCGCCCUCCGGGCCCGCUGUCGCUGCCCCGCUCCCGGCCCCGGGCACCUCGGCCCUCUUCACCUUCUCGCCCCUGACGGUGAGCGCGGCCGGGCCCAAGCAUAAGGGCCACAAGGAGCGGCACAAGCACCAUCACCACCGCGGCCCCGAUGGUGACCCCAGCUCCUGCGUCCCGGGCGAUCUCAAACACAAGGACAAGCAGGAAAACGGCGAGAGGACCGGAGGGUUGCCUCUGAUCAAGGCCCCCAAGAGAGAAACACCAGAUGAAAAUGGUAAAACCCAGAGAGCUGAUGAUUUUGUCUUGAAGAAAAUAAAGAAGAAAAAGAAAAAGAAACACCGGGAAGACAUGCGAGGAAGACGUCUUAAAAUGUACAAUAAGGAAGUACAAACAGUCUGUGCUGGCCUGACUCGCAUCAGUAAGGAAAUUCUCUCCCAAGGACAACUCGGUAGCACUUCAGGAGUUAAUAAGGAGUCCUUCAGGUAUCUGAAAGAUGAACAGCUAUGCCGGUUAAAUUUGGGCAUGCAAGAAUAUCGGGUACCCCAGGGAGUACAAACACCUUUUGUGACUCACCAGGAACAUUCUAUUCGUAGGAAUUUUUUAAAAACAGGUACUAAAUUUAGCAACUUUAUUCAUGAGGAACACCAGUCCAAUGGUGGUGCUCUUGUCCUUCAUGCUUACAUGGAUGAACUCUCAUUUUUGUCUCCAAUGGAGAUGGAGAGAUUUUCUGAGGAGUUUCUUGCUUUGACAUUCAGCGAAAAUGAGAAAAAUGCUGCUUACUAUGCUUUAGCAAUAGUGCAUGGAGCGGCCGCUUAUCUCCCAGACUUCUUGGACUACUUUGCUUUUAAUUUCCCCAACACUCCAGUGAAAAUGGAAAUUCUGGGCAAGAAAGAUAUUGAAACAACCACGAUUUCAAAUUUCCACACUCAGGUCAACAGGACAUACUGCUGUGGCACCUACCGAGCAGGUCCUAUGCGACAAAUAAGUCUUGUUGGAGCAGUAGAUGAAGAAGUUGGUGAUUACUUCCCAGAGUUCCUUGAUAUGUUAGAAGAAUCUCCAUUUUUAAAAAUGACUUUGCCCUGGGGUACACUUUCCAGCCUCCGACUGCAGUGUAGGUCCCAGAGUGAUGAUGGGCCUAUCAUGUGGGUGAGGCCAGGAGAGCAGAUGAUCCCAACAGCAGAUAUGCCAAAGUCACCCUUCAAACGACGACGGAUAAUGAAGUUUACAUGUCCAAAUACUGUAUUUGAGCCUAAUCAAAGAUCAAUGAAUGAAAUUAAAAAUCUCCAGUACCUACCUCGGACCAGUGAACCCCGUGAAGUUCUCUUUGAAGAUAGGACAAGAGCUCAUGCUGAUCAUGUAGGUCAGGGGUUUGACUGGCAGAGUACGGCUGCUGUUGGGGUUUUGAAAGCUGUACAGUUUGGUGAAUGGAGUGACCAGCCUCGCAUAACCAAAGAUGUGAUUUGUUUUCAUGCUGAGGAUUUUGCUGAUGUUGUACAGAGACUUCAGUUAGACCUUCAUGAACCUCCAGUUUCCCAGUGUGUACAGUGGGUGGAUGAAGCUAAACUAAACCAAAUGAGGCGGGAAGGCAUUCGUUAUGCUAGAAUUCAGCUAUGUGAUAAUGAUAUCUACUUCAUCCCUAGAAAUGUCAUUCAUCAGUUCAAAACAGUGUCAGCAGUGUGCAGCCUAGCCUGGCAUAUAAGGCUUAAACAGUACCACCCUGUUGUGGAAGCCACUCAAAACACAGAAAGCAAUUCUAAGGACUGUAGUUUACCUGGGAAGCGAGAAUUAGAGGUUGACCCUCAGUGUGUGAGAAUAAAAACUGAAUCUGAAGAAACAUGCAAAGAGAUGCAGCUUUUGACCACUGCUUCGUCGUCCUUCCCACCUUCCUCAGAACUUAAUCUCCAGCAAGAUCACAAGACUCAGCCUAUUUCAGUUUUCAAGGUGGAAAGUAGACUGGACUCCGACCAGCCACACAAGCUGCAGGAACAUUCAAGCACUCCUGUGUGAUAUGUACAUAUUCAAACACAUUUUUUAACUUUUUUAAAUUUUGAUGUGAAGUUAUAGUUUUAUAACUGGCUUAAGUUAAGUUUUAUUGGAGAAAUCUUGCCUAUAAUUCUAUAAAGAGAAAUGACAUUCCACAAAUGUCAAGCAUAUCUUUUUUACACAGAUUAUGCAAAGUUAAGAGUUGUAUCUUAUCCUGUUAGUACAGUAUGUAAUAGUGGGUCUGCUGCUACUUUCUGUUUUAAGGUGUGAGGUAACAAUUCAAUCUCUUCUUUAAAUCAAAAUGAGAAUUCUCUGGAAUAAGAGAUUCUUAUUUGGUAAAUUAUUCACUUCCCCUUAAUUUUUAUCUUGCCUUGUCUCUUGCCAUAUUUUUAUCAUCACAUUUAUGAUUUAGUACUUGUGUCUUUAUGGCACAAAAUUCAGUUUUCCAUAGUAAAAAUGGCAUAGGCUACAGGAAGAGUUCCUGCAUCUGUUUCAUGGGCAAGUUAUUUAGUUCUAACCACAAAGAAUGACUAGUUUCUAAGGAAAAUUCAGUGGCUCUCUGGUUUCUUAACAAAAGAGAAAGCACAGCACUUUCUUAUCCAAACUUUUUUUUUUUUUUUGUAUCUGUUAUUUUAAAGCCCAGUGGGUAUUUGGAUAUUUCAAUUAAAAAAAAAAACUAAAGAUAAAUAGUCCUUGGUCAUUCAUUACCCAUGGUCCAUUAUUCUUUUCUAGAAUAUACGGUAGCAAUGGAAGAUUAUUUUGGGUAAAAGAGAGAAUGUUGACAUGACACUCUAUUCUGCUUCCUAGCAUCCUCACAUUCCAUGUGGACACUUUUGCUUCCUAAACGGAUCACAAGUAUCAGACAUGGAGAUUUCAAAUGAUAUCAGCCUUUCUGAUGAGGCUGCCAAACUUAGCGUCAAACUUAGAAAAAACGAUUUUGGUUACUUGGCAUCAGCCUCUUCAUUAUAAAUAUCUACUGUCGAGACACUUAAGUUCACAGUUUUAACUGGUGAAUGCCUAGGUUUAUUUACUAUGACUGUGUUGCUGUUUUCUAAUAAAGAAUAUGGCACUAGAUUUCAUCAGUAGCAUUUCCAGUAGCCUAAUGGUUAGUGCCUGAGUAUUAAAUUUUUUAAUUUUUCCAACAGGCACAAUUCAUAUAGCUAGUGUGGUCUAUUAUUGUAGAAUGUUAAUGUGAUACACAUCACACUUUCUCUUAGUUAAUCAUAUGAUAGGCCUUUUGUUUAUUAAAGGAAGAGUACUCCCCACACCUAAGACCAGAUUCUUGUAUCUACCUGGUUUCAGUGCAAUUUGAAGAUUUUUUUUUUCUUGGAUGGUGAGAUUUGAAAUAGUUACAUAAACAUAGGCAAAAAAGAAAAAAAAAGAAGAUGCUGCUUUAUAAUGUCUGUCACCAUGAAAACAUAGCUGCAUCUUUUGAAAUAUCAAAUAUGAAUUUUCUCUAAAAUAUUCUGAAAUAGUUUAAAUCUUAUAUAAAUAUUACUUUGUGCAAUAUUGUUGUGUAGUUAAAUGCAUAUUAGCAAAGUAUAGCAGUCACUGUGCAAACUGAUAGAAGAGUAACCAUCAACAAAUACUGCAGUGAUUAGUUAGGACCUGUAUUAUUCCUUAUAUAUAUAUAUAUAUAUAUAUAUGUAUGUAUUCUCUGUUACAAAGGGUGAAGACAAAUGGGGAAACAUUUCAGUGUAAACCAUUUAUGAAUUGGAAGUGAUGUUGCUUUUAGUUAUCUCUGUAAAUAAGGUAAUUAGAAUGAUAUGAAAGAUAAUGUGAUUAUUGCAGGGGUGUUUUUAAAUCUUGAGUAUAAAUUCUAGGGUAAACUCUAGUUUAUCAAGACUAGUUUUUAAGGGACCUGCCUUUGAGGGUAUUUUUUGUUGUUGUUUUGUGGGGAAGGAGGUUAAUCACAAAGUGUGUGAGUUUGAGUUACUUCUUGUUUUUAUUUUUUCUGUCCAGAAGAAUUUCAUAGAGCUUUCCCAGGCUGUGCAAAGUAAAAUUCUUCUCAGGCAACAUUUGCUUUUUAAAAUAAUCAUGAAGAGCAAGGUUGUUAAAGCAAAAAGUGUUUAUUUUUAUGUUACUUGUCUUCCAAGAUCCAGUUUCCCCCUCUCCCACUUGCCAUCCAGCAGAUGCCAUCUGUCAUCUAAGCUGGUCAUUACUGAUACACAAGGAUACUGUCUCCUGAGAGCCAGCACUGUGUACAGUCACUCAGGAACCAGCGGAUCUGCAAAGACCUACAAUCAAAAGUAAAGCCCUGUUUUCCUUUUACAAAACAUUUACCCUCACCUCCAAUAUAAACACAUUAAAGGAAUACUAAAAAUGUUUAAAAUCAUGUACUAAUAAAUUCAUUGUAUGUUAGAAUUGCAAUAGAAAGGAGAGAAACAUUUAGCUAGUAAUGUAUCUGGAAACUCUGAAUGUCCUAUGUGAGUGAGUAAUAGAUUUUAAUAGCAUGCUUUAAAGACUGAUUACUAUAAAAGCAGUUUUGAGUUUCUCACUGCUUUCAAAACUGUAUCCUAGUUUAUUGAUACAAGUGACUGCAACUUUUCUAAAUCAUUAAACUAUUUGGUUUGGUAGAGUGAGGCAUGGAACAAUCUGGCGUCUUCUAAUUUGUAAAGUAGUGAUGGCAGUGAAGUUGUUAACUGAAACUUAAGCUGAUCUUCCUUUUUGGUAUAUUAUCUGUUGUGCCAACUCUUGAGAUUACUUGCAGAAUGUGGGUAUAUGUUUUAGUAUUUUGUGGAGCAGAGGGAUAUUUUUAAAAUGUGCUUAUGGAAAAGACCCAAUACAUGAAUAUUCCUACCUUAAAUAAAAGAAUGAUUUUAUGGUAUCCAUUAAGAAGGAUAAAUGUCUUCCCCUGCCCUGGAAGUCAUUCUAUAAUUACCAAGAUAUGCUAGGAAGGAUUAUGAUUCAAAGAAGGAUCCCAAAUUCAUAAAGCAAUAAUAAAAACCUACAUAUUAGUUUCCCCCUUCCAAAGUUUUUAACUCUAAAAUUGAGUCUGUAGGCCUAAUUGUACUUUUAAUUUGCUUCUUGAGUACUAACAAUGUGUUUUAACUUGGACUUUUUUAUUUGUAAUUAAAGACUUUUGGCAAGUGCCUUUUCCCCUUAGAGACAGUUGGAAUAUCAGUUGACUAAUAUUACAAGCUCUUGUAGGGGGAAAAAGGAGCUUAUUAAAUAAAAUUCUUAACUAAACCUUAGAAAAAGAUGUCUUGCAUCAGUCUUAACAGACAUAAAAGGUCAUAUUUAAAGACUGAAGAGACUUUUGCUUAUUGCCUUUCCCUAUAUAAAUACUAUUAUCUAGAAUGAAAGCUAAUAUAGGAACAAGACUCCAAAAUCCAUGAAAAUCCUUACUGAAUAUAUUCUCAAUCAUUAGUAGUAGCCCAUUAUAUUUUCAUCUGUAUUUGCCAAAUUUUAUUUUCAUUUACACUUUAGGAUACUUGAGUAUGUGUUAGUCAAUCUGUUGGAUCAUUGCUACAGGUUUUCAAAGGAGGAAACUUUCACUAGCACAUGCCAGAGGUUCACGUGUGGGCUAGAUUGUAAUAUUUUCAAAACAGGUUGUAGCUCUAUUUAUUGGUCAUGCAAGUAGAGGGAUGCACAGUACAGUGUUUCCCGUAGCACAUAAGGAACCUCUCCUCAUCUUGAAAGUUUGUUGCUUUAAAAGCAAGUAUGUCUCUAUAAAUAUUAUGGCCUUCCAUUUUUCUUCAUGACAUUUUUUAGGAUCCACUUGUGCAUGCAGUUGAGACCACUGUCUCUCAAAAAUAUAGCACUUCUCAAUUCUCUCUAAAGAAAUACUUAUGUACUACUAUCACAUGUUGUAAAUUUUCAUGUAAUAGUGUUUUUUGUGACUAAACUCCAUUUUGAUUGGCAGCUAAGACUUUUUUUUCCCUGUGGCUUUAAUUUAUCUAAGAGGUCUUUGCAUAUAGAUGAAAUGUAUAAUUUGCCUGGCGGACUAUUUGCGUUGUGUGGCCUUAGUUUGUUUUUUGACAUUAACGAGUGUUUUAAAAAGGUUUUUAAUGAAUAGUCUUAAAUCUAAAUUUGUGUGAAUAAUAAUCCUUUUAACAGUGCUUUUUUGUAGCUGUCUAAGUGUGUUAAAUUGUUAAGCUAUUUCUUUGUAAAAUAGGACAAUGGAAUGCAUAGAGAUUUUUUUUUCCUGUAAAGUAUUUUUUUAAUAAACAAAGUCUGAUUUGUCCUUUA